AUGGCUGAUGACAACAUGAAACACGAUGCAGCAAAGGAGGAUGAAGACAGAAAACAGCGUCGUGACAAAGGCGGUGCAACGAAUGCAACGAGUCUGAUAUCGAAAUGGAAGAGCAAGCAAGCAAAGCGGCAUGAGGCGGCGAUGCGUCCUUCUAUUCCGCAGGCUCCGCGAUGGCUGGUUGUCGGCGACGAGGCAGCCAAAGCAGCAUGUCGAAAGGCUCCUUUUCCCUCUUGCCGGCGCUCCCAUCUCGAUUCAAUUGGUCCAUCGUCGUACAAUCCGCUCGACCAUGGUCGUGGUGCCGUUGUCUUGCCAGUGAGAGGCGGUACUUUGUACCGUCUCCGCCCCCCUUUGGACGCAUCGCGAAACAGCGCAAUUGAGGAAACGCAGAGAAAAAAAAAGUCAGACAGCGACUUACCAGCCGUUCUUGAAACCCUCGUUGAUGGUCGCGAGAAGCAGCGACGACACACAGACUCCUAUAUGGGGGAAUAA